CCCUGCUCUGGUAAAGAGGCUGAAUGUCUGCAGGACAUGCUUACCGUUUGUCUAUCCAUGUUCUUCUACUAACAACCAGCGGGGUUGGCAUAUAGAUGCGCAGAGACUGGCGUACUGCUCCACUCAGGAGCUCUCUAUGACAGAAAGCAGAACAGCAGAUUAUUUGCAGUUGCACGAGAGUUGCAAGUUAGUAAGGUGUAAAUUUUGUCGCUAUUAGAUUGAGAGAGGUCUUUUUUCGGUUUAAGAGCAAAUUUUGCUCUUUGUUUUUUAGUGUCAAACUCAGUCAAUCCUGUGGAGAAACAUCUUCUCCUUUUAGUUGAUUAGUUGUUGACUUUUCAUCCCUCCACUCAGAAGUUGCUUUUUGACCUUUCGCCACCAUGUGGGAGUUCAGGUCCAUGUCUUUCUGGCGGGCGGUGUUUGCUGAGUUCUAUGGCACAAUGUUCUUCGUGUUCUUCGGGCUGGGGGCGGCCCUCCGCUGGACCACCGGGCCCCAUAAUGUUCUUCAUGUUGCCUUUUGCUUUGGUUUGGCGGCCGCCACCUUCAUCCAGUCUAUUGGCCACAUCAGUGGAGGACACAUCAACCCAGCCGUUACCUUUGCCUACCUGAUUGGCUCUCAGAUGUCCCUGUUCCGUGCUUUCUUCUACAUCAUUGCCCAGUGUCUCGGAGCGCUGGCUGGUGCUGCUGUGCUCUAUGGGGUCACACCCAACAACAUGCGGGGAAACUUGGCACUGAACACGCUGCAGCCAGGCAUCAGCUUGGGCAUGGCCACCACAAUUGAGAUUUUCCUCACCCUCCAGCUUGUCGUCUGCAUCUUUGCUGUGACAGAUGAGAGACGCAACGGACGCCUGGGCUCUGCUGCUUUGGCCAUUGGCUUCUCUGUGCUCAUGGGGCAUCUUCUUGGGAUGUACUACACUGGCGCCGGAAUGAACCCUGCAAGGUCCUUUGCUCCAGCUGUUCUGGUCAGGAAUUUUGUCAACCAUUGGGUGUACUGGGUGGGUCCUAUGAUUGGUGGUGCCAUGGGUGCCUUGCUGUAUGACUUCAUGCUGUUCCCUCGUUUCCGUGGCCUCUCCGAGAGGCUCGCCACACUGAAGGGCGCCCGAUCCCCAGAGGCCGACGGCCAGCAGGAGACCAGGGGGGAGCCCAUCGAGCUCAAGACACAGGCCCUAUAAGCCCGGAGUUAGAAGAUUGGCUUUUCUGAACCCCCUCCUCCCGCCCACCUCAUCCCUCACCUGUCAUGCCUCCCUCUGCACCCUCAGUUCCUGGUCCAUCCUCAGCCCACACACUACUUUUGCACACAUACCUCCUCCCUGUCUCAACACAUGCUACUACAGAUCCCAAAAGUUUUGUUUUCCUUUUUUUGAAUCUAGAACUGGACCUCCUGAUUUACAGUAAAGGGGCACCCACAGCCCUAGUCAUCCUUUCUGAUUUUACCACUACCCAUCCUACAUUUUCUUCUUCUCCCCUUGGAUCACAGGACAAAGAUGGAGGGUUGGAAGAAGACUUGCCACUGACAGAAGCACCCUGUGCCCUGUGGUGUGGGGAGUCAGUCACUCCUGGCUGACCAGGUGGCUAUAUACUGCUCAGGACAGGGGCUGCUAUUGCUGUCUUUCCUUUGCUUCCCUUUCUCUUUCUUUUCUAUUUUUUCCCUCCUUCCUAUUUUGUAGUCUGCUAGGAGUGACGCUACAAUAGAGCAGUGGACUUCUGAAUGCUUUUUUCCCCGUUUUGAUCCAGUGUGAUCUCGCCCUUUGUUUGUUUUGUUCCAUGAACUUUGGGUAAAUUACAUGUAGUUAUUGUACUUCACUAGUAUUUAUUUGGCUUAUGUGCAAGUGCAUGUGUGAUGAGGAGUGAGAGAAAGACAGUGUGCUUGCGUGUCUGUGUGCAUGUGUAUGCUUGUGUGUUUGUUUUAACUGAUCAUUCCUUUGUUUGUGUUUUGAGUUUUCUUUUCAUCUAUUUUGCCAGCUUUUUUUAGAGAAAGACGCUCCCUUUUUAUUGCGCUCGCUAAAACCACAAAAGUCCAAUACACCAAUUCAAUCAAUUCCAUGUUUAGAGUGGUCCUAUUGUUUUUUAAUAGCAGUUGAAGAUCAUUAAUGCAUUUGAAUCCACUCAUCUAGUGAAGCACACGCACUCACAUUCAUAUUUGUAUUAAAAUAAACAACAAAAACACCCAGUGAAAUUAUUUGAACUUUCAGAAAUUCAGUGAAGUUAUAAUUGCAAAUCCCUAAAUUGUAUUAUUGCACCCAUAUAUGCUAACCACUGUUUGUUUUUUAAUGAUUUCAUUUCAGUGGGAAAUCCGCUGGUUCACAUAACCUCCACCAUAUCCCAAAACAGCUUCCUGAGAAUUUGUUUUGGAUGGUGACUUCCUGAGUUCAUUUUUUUCUCCAAGCUUUAAAGCAGCGCUUACCAGAUAUUCAUGUACAAGUGUGUAAAACUGGUUUGCUUUUACCUUCACGUGCCUGCCAUGGUAAAACAAAGAGAGCAAACCUGACAGGAACAAGCAUUUUCUCUUUGGACUGUGCUGUUUGACAUGACUGAAGGGUCGUUCUACAUCAGCUUGAGGUUAGAAAUGAAAGAGUGCAUGAGGUGUGACGGCUUCUUGCUGGUGUUAGCAAACACCUGGUGACUUCUCUUUUCUUAACUGUGCUGGGUGGCUCUCAAAGAGUGAGAUCACUUCACUGGACAAGGCCCUCGGAUAUUUUGGGGGAAGAGACUGAACUCUUUAGUGUGCUUGUACAGGGCGGUGGAUGUACACCUUUAUUUUCAUACAGUCUACACAUGAGAGAAUGAACUUUGAAGUUGAAUUGGCCUGAUGUCCCCUCUCUCUUCCAUCCCUCCUUCACUCACCCUACCUCCUCCCUUUGUUCACCAGGCAGCCACUCUGUUCCUCUGUCAUGAGGGAACAUCUUCAGCUGCUGGGAUGGAGGGAAGGGGACAAGGUACCGAGAUAAGUUAGCAUUUUACAAAUUACACCAGAGCAGUCACUGAACCAGAUAUGAAAGCUGAUUCUCUUUCUGCUUCCUCUACAUAAUCUUUGUGUGUGUGUGUGUGUGAUUUCCCUGGCAGUGGUUGAGUAGAAAUUACAUUUUAAUGGCCUGUUGAAACUAGAACUUGUUUUCUAAUGGGGGGGAAAAGCUUUGUGAUGUACAGUGUAUAGUGUUCUUCUUUUUUAAUUUCAUGACUGUUGAAACUGGACAGACAGGAAAUAUAAUACGCUAGCUAUGCAAUGUCUCCCAUUUGGCUAAUGGAUUAUGGAAGCGACGCUGGUUAUGUUAUACAGCAAUAUGGUUUAAUUCAAUAGACAGCCUUUGUGGUAACAGGGAUACCUUCCCAAUCAAAAUGCCAUUGCUUAUUUUUAUAUUUAAAAGAAAAUCUGAAAAUUAUUAAGUUUCCAACUCCUGUUUUGUCUCCUUUCUUUUAGAGUAAGUGUAAUAAAAAGAAAUACAGGAUUUAGAUAUAUGCUUUCAGUCAGCAUAGACCAAUAAAGCAAUUCUUAUAUUUAUACAGCAAUCGUCAUAUAGUUAUUAACACACUUCUCACUCCCAAACGAAUCAUUUCCAUAAACAAAUCAGAUGAGAUUGUGUACCUCGAAAGCUGUAAUUCAUCUGUCCGCAGCUGCUUGUACUGAAGAAUAUUUUCCACUGUGCAGUGAUAACUCAUGGAUCAUGACUUAAGGGAGAAAUGACCAAUUUCUUGUAAAUAAAUUCAAACAAAUGUUUUUGACUAUUUACAGAAAAAGUGAAAUUUUAUUUGUCUCCACAGUGAAAGACUAUAAGGAUUGUAGUAGUAUCCCCAGGGUGAUAUAAACAAAAGUCACUCCACAAGAUAUGAAAGGUUAAGUAUACAUAUAACAUCUGUUCUCAACAUCCAACACACACUGUUAUGUGAUAACAUGCACAGCACUGGCAGUGACGAUAGGUAGUGCUAAACUUGUUGUAAAAACAUCUUUUAUGGGAAUGACUGGUUUGGGUUAACAUUCAAUGCAUAUAAAAACAGCCAUAAUAAAAUUUAAAAAAAAAAAUUAAAGCUCGGACAAGUGAGAAAACACUAUAAUGUGUCAGAAUUACCGUUAGGUCCAUGGGCGUUUGUACAACAGCACAAUGUUUGUAGUUUUGCAUCUGUGCUCCACCCCAGGGGUUUCUAAACCUGACAAUCAACAUGUGAUUGAAGUGCAGAUUUUCAGCUUUAAUUCAAAGACUUUAUCAAAAGUAUUGCAUUAAAUGAUCAGGAAUUACAGACUUUUAUAGACUAUUCCAUGGCAAACCCUCUGCUCUCAUCCAAAAUGCUGCAAAACUGUUUAAAAUAGUGUUUCACAUUGCAAAGGGACCCAAAGCAAACUGCUAAAGCGACCCAAGAGUUUGUAAAGGCAAAGAAAAUAGGCUAUACUUCAAUGGCCAAGUCAACCACCUGAUGUCAGCCCAGUACAGCACGAUUUUCCUUCCUGUUAAGUGCAGAAAUUUUAGUUUAUCUAGUUAUUUUUAAGCCUCUAAAAUGUCAGUACUUUCCCGAACUGUUAAUGCAAUAUUUUUGUUACACUCCUCCAUUUGAAGCUACAAGUCUGCACUUCAAUCACAACUUGAAUAUGUGAUUUAAAAAUCCACCGUGGUGGUGUACAGAGGCAAAACUACAAAGAUUCUAUUAUUGUCCAAAUGUCUAUGGAUUUAACUGUCUGUUUUCCUGAACUGCUUACUUAAUAACAUUAUUGUUGUGCUUGAAAAUAAAGGGAAAUAAGGGGAAAUCGGUUUGAAAAUAUAUUUUUACUUUGACUCUUCUUUGGUAUUUUUUUAGUAUGCUUGGGCCAUCAAAAUGAGAACUUAAAAAAAAACACGCACAGUGGCACAAAGUUCGUUGAAAACAAUAAAACUAGAACUACUAAGUAACAGCUGACAUUAAACAAGAAAUUGUUUGAUAGAACAGAAAACACAAAAUUGAAUUUUUAAUUGACAUACAGUAAUAUAAACUUUGCCCAUCACGCUUCAUAACUUCUGACAUUUUGCGCAGUCUGUCAGUGUUGUGACAGUCUCACAGUCACCACUGCCAGAAAAGGUGUUUAUUCCUUAAUGAGUAUUUACCAUGCACUAUAUGCAGAGACUGAAUGAAUAAUAUACUGCGAGAAAAGUGAAAACACAAAGGGUUACAUACAAUGUAUGACUAAAAUAGACCAACAUGCAAUAUACUCCAAACACUAAUAAAACAAAAUCCCCUGGUGUCUUAAAGUCCACUGGCCAGCAAUGUCAUGUGCCCUUGCCCUUUUUAUACCCACUGUCACACUUAUGGCCACUGUUGGAAAAAGGCUAUAGUCUGUACAGUAAUCCAAAUCUUUUCCUAAAUACAAGCAAAGAAACACACACACACACACACACACACACA